AGCAUUUGCUCUAUCUUGCUAUUUGCUCUUUUACAAAAAUGAAAUACCUCAUUCUUGCUGCCUUGGUGGCUGUUACCGCCGGACUCGUUAUUCCACUUGUUCCAAAAACCCAAGAAGCUAUCACCGAGUAUGUGAACUCAAAGCAAUCUCUCUGGAAGGCUGAGAUUCCAAAGGACAUCACCAUUGAACAGGUCAAGAAGCGUCUCAUGAGAACCGAAUUCGUUGCCCCACACACUCCAGAUGUUGAGGUUGUGAAGCAUGAUAUCAACGAGGAUACCAUUCCAGCAACAUUCGAUGCCCGUACCCAAUGGCCAAACUGUAUGUCAAUCAACAACAUCCGUGACCAAUCUGACUGUGGAUCCUGCUGGGCGUUCGCUGCCGCCGAGGCUGCUUCUGAUCGUUUCUGCAUCGCCUCCAACGGAGCCGUCAACACCCUUCUCUCAGCUGAAGAUGUUCUUUCUUGCUGCUCCAACUGCGGAUACGGAUGCGAGGGAGGAUACCCAAUCAACGCCUGGAAGUACCUUGUCAAGAGCGGAUUCUGCACCGGAGGAUCUUACGAGGCUCAGUUCGGAUGCAAGCCAUACUCCCUUGCCCCAUGCGGAGAGACCGUCGGAAACGUUACCUGGCCAUCUUGCCCAGAUGAUGGAUACGAUACCCCAGCUUGUGUUAACAAGUGCACCAACAAGAACUACAACGUUGCCUACACCGCUGACAAGCACUUCGGAAGCACCGCUUACGCCGUCGGAAAGAAGGUCUCCCAGAUCCAAGCUGAAAUCAUUGCCCACGGACCAGUCGAGGCCGCAUUCACUGUCUACGAGGACUUCUACCAAUACAAGACCGGAGUCUACGUUCACACCACUGGACAAGAACUCGGAGGACAUGCCAUCAGAAUUCUUGGAUGGGGAACUGACAACGGAACUCCAUACUGGCUUGUUGCCAACUCAUGGAACGUCAACUGGGGAGAGAACGGAUAUUUCCGUAUCAUCCGUGGAACCAACGAGUGCGGAAUUGAGCACGCCGUUGUCGGAGGAGUCCCAAAAGUCUAAAUAAUCUAUUUGAUUGAAGUAUUUGUUUUCAUACGUGUAUAUAGAUAUGAAUAAUAAUAAAUGAUUAUGCAUCGAGAGUCAAA